AUGCGUUUCUCCUCCACCAUCGCUGCCACCGCCGCCCUCGUGGCUGGUGUGUCCGCUGGCUACGGCAACUUCACCGCCUCCCCGGUCGCCUACGUCACCGAGACCUACGUCGACUACACCACCGUCUGCCCGGAGGCCACCACCCUGACCAUCGGCGAGUCGACCUACACCGUCACUGAGGCCACUACCCUGACCAUCACCGCCUGCUCGUGCACCCUGACCAAGCCCGUCUACACCAGCCUGGUCACCUCGUGCUCCACCAGCGCGGCCUCCGCGGCCCCGGCUCCCCCAGUGUACACCUCCGUCGCUGCUGGCUCUUCCCCGGCCCCGUACCCCAUCGGCACUGGAUCCACCCCGGCCUACACCCCCAAGCCCACUGGCACCGGUGCCUACACCGCCCCGAUCGCCACCUUCACUGGUGCUGCCAACAAGGUUGGCGCUGCCUCCGGCGCUGGCCUUGCGGCCCUCUUCGGCCUCGUCGCUUACGUCUUGUAA